CGGAGCUCGGCCGGGCCGGGCCCGCUGGUGAAGCCCCGCCCGCCUCCCCGGGGGGGCCAUGGCCGAGCGGGCCGCUGCCCAGGUCCGGCUCCUGGAAACGCUUCCAGACUUGCACCACUUCUGCCCUGGGAGGAGUCCCCCUGGCUUCGGGCAGCCUGCUCCCACCUGGGGCACUGCUUGGGCAGGUGUCUGCCGCAUUGAUUCCCUACCACGCUCAGGAAUGGGAUGCAGAGUCACAGCGCCUGAUGUCUUCCCAGCCUGAACGAACAUCUGUGCAAACAGCAGAGAUUUCGAUGUGGACCCUAGUGGCUGCCAUCCAAGCUGUGGAGAGGAAGGUGGAUUCGUUUGCUACACGGUUGCUGAGUCUGGAGGGGAGAACUGGGAUGGCUGAGAAGAAAAUAUUCGAGUGUGAGAAAACAGAGUUGGAGUUUGGAAACCAGCUGGAGAGUAAGUGGACUGUGCUGGGAACUCUGAUCCAGGAGUACGGGCUGCUGCAGAGGAGGCUGGAGAACAUGGAGAACCUGCUGAAGAACAGGAACUUCUGGAUCCUGAGGCUUCCUCCUGGUAUUAAUGGAGAAGUCCCCAAGGUGCCGGUGAUGUUUGAGGACAGCGCUGUCUUCUCUCAGGAGGAGUGGGAGAACUUAGAAGACUGGCAGAAGGAGCUGUACAAGAAUGUGAUGAAGGGGAAUUAUGAAUAUAUGAUCUCACUGGACUAUGCAAUUUCCAAACCUGACAUCCUGUCCCGAAUUGAGCGAGGGGAAGAGCCGUGUGUGAGGGGUCAGCGGGAGUCGGAGGAAAGAGAAACCACUGCAGAUCCCAGCACAGCGGCUGCGAUUCCUACCCUCGAACUCUCCGCUCAGAUUAAACAAGAGCAAGAGCCAGUUGCCGAGGAGCAGCAGGAUGCGGAAGAAAGAGAAGCCCCUACAGAGCCCAUGGCAGAUGACACCUGGCUCGCCAGCCACGAGAAGAACAAGGAGCAAGAUUCACAGGAGCUGGAGCCGCACUGGACUGCGGCUCAGAGACCGGAAGAGAAUAUUUACCAUAGUGCCGAGCACGGCCUUCCCUCCAAUGGUCCAAACAUGACCCUGGCAGUACAUAUGCCAGAGAAACCCACCCAGCAUGAGAGAGACUUCAGCCCCUUGAAAGCCAGCACCGUGUGCCCGGGGGCCCCCGUGACGGAGCGGCCCUAUCUCUGCCCCGAGUGCGGGAAGUGCUUCAGCCGCAGGGAGCACUUCGUGCAACACCAGCGCACCCACACGGGCGAGCGCUCCUACGUGUGCCCCGAGUGCGGCAAGGGCUUCACGCAGCAGUCCAACCUCACCAACCACUACCGCACCCACACCGGCGAGCGCGCCCACGUGUGCCCCGAGUGCGGCAAGGGCUUCAUCCACCAGUCCACGCUCACCACCCACCUCCGCACCCACACCGGCGAGAAGCCCUACAAGUGCAGCGUCUGCGCCAAGUGCUUCAGCCGCCUCUCCACCCUGCUGGAGCACCAGCGCACCCACACCGGCGAGAAGCCCUACAAGUGCCUGGAGUGCGAGAAACGCUUCAGCCGCCUCUCCACACUGGUGGAGCACCGGCGCACACACACCGGCGAGAAGCCGUACAAGUGCGCCCAGUGCGAGAAGAGCUUCACCCGCCUCACCAACCUGACCGUGCACCAGAACACCCACGCCGGCGAGCGCGCCUACAAGUGCACCCAGUGCGGCAAGAGCUUCGCCCAGAAGCCCUACUUCCUCAAGCACCUGCGCAACCACACCAAGGAGAAGCUCUACAAGUGCCUGGAGUGCGGCAAGAGCUUCGUCUGCCACUCCUGGCUGGUGCGCCACCAGAUGAUCCACACGGGCGAGCGGCCCUACCAGUGCGGCGACUGCGGGAAGAGCUUUGUGCAGAAGGAGCACCUCUUGAAGCACCAGCGCGUCCACACGGGCGAGCGGCCCUUCCAGUGCUCCGCCUGUGCCAAGAGCUUCCGCUGUCAGCAGUCUCUGAGGCUGCACCAGUGCGCGCACGCCGGCCAGCAGGGUGGCACACCGGCCGCAGUGGGGGCCGAGUUCAAGAACCAGCAGCUGUACCUGAAAAUGGAAAAUACUGGGUAGUAGGGGGUCGAGCCCUGCGUUGGGAGCUGCACGGGGAGAGCCUCCCCCAGAGACUAGCCAGAUCCGCCCCAUGUGAAACACUGCAGUGAAUCCCACGCCCUCUCUGCAUGCCAGAUGGGAGGGGAGCGCUCGCCGCGAGGGACGGUGACGCAAGACCGUAUUGAAUGUGAGCUGCAAGCAGCCGUUACGUGCCACGCCUGGGGAAGAGACCCCACGACGGACUGAACAAUGCGUUGGAAGCGUCUAAGCGGCCGCAGCUGUUUUGUUUGUACGAACAGUCUCCUGAGCACUGGCACCGCCGGCGGGAACGUCGCCGGCGGGAACGUCGCCAGCAGGCUCUGCUCUGCAGGGAUGGGCAGUGCAGGCCUACGAGCUGCUGUCACGUGAACGACUUCCUGCCGCGACUGAAGAAGUGGAGCAGAGGCUGUUGGGAGUGAGCGUCAGCAGGCGUGCUGGGUUAACAGUACUUUGUCCUCCAGGGUGCUACAGACAAAUGCACUCUGCUUGCCUGUGCUGCACGGCUUCCCGCAGUCAGUACGGCUGGGGGCUCGGAGGUGCGGUGAGGCUGAGAAGUGCCUGCAUUUGCACUGCAAGCCAGGGGCAGAGCCAGGUCUACACUACAGGCCGCCUAUGCUCUUACCGCUCGGCCUCACCACCUUCAGCCCUCCUGAAAUGGAAGCCGAGCUCCACCCUGGCGGAUGAGAGCAGGAAUGCAGCAUCCGGCUCGCCUGUCCGUGGAAGCGAUUGGCAAACUCGAAGCCGUGAUUUCUGGUCUAUUGGUGACUGGUUCUGUUUGUGACACUCCGGCUUCCCACUGCAGCUGGUGGGGGGGUGGUACCCUCAAAUACCCUGGAGCAGCAGCAAAAGAUAAAGUUAAGCUGGGUGCAGGGUGGUCAAAACAUGAGUGUCAGUGAGGUGUGAUGAUCUGCCUGCCGCAGGAAGGCCGACUCUAGGCGUAUUUCACUUUAAAGGGCAAAACACGUAAUUCAGAAGUUAAAAGGGCUAGGGAGGAAUUGGAGCCAAGCUCAAUUCCGAUGACCAUCGCCUGACCUAGGAGUAGUGUGGGUGCUCGUGAGAACGCUCCAGAGCAGGCAUUGCAUCUGCCACAGCAGCGCUAACUACAACGGAGCGUCCGGUUGGGGGUUCAGCCCUCCCCCGCUAAUCACGCAGCAGAUCUGCUCUGGCUACGAGCUAUUUACCUUCCCAAUAGCCGCCUGCAGGCCUCCCUCAAAUGAGACCUGCAGCUACAAGCUUUGGAAGCUUUCAGGCCUGUCUACACAGCUGGGUUUGUUUGUUUUUGGGGGCCUUGGCCCCCUGAGAAGAUGACAGGUAACAGUUCCCUGCAGAGCAGCUGUGAUCAUGCCUGUGUUUGCAGGUCUGCCAUGGGCCUAGCUGGGGUUUGAUCAGUGCAUUCUGGGCUGCUGUUCUGUAGUGCUUCUGUGGAGCUAGAGCACCCAAAGCACAGGAUGUUGGGAACCGUUCGGAAAGGGAUAGUUGAGGCAGAAACUCUCAAAAUGACGCGCUACAAAUCCAUGGUGCAGCCACACCGUGAAUAGUGAGUGCAGUCCUGGCCACUGCCUCUCACAAAAGACACAUUAGAAUUGGAGAAGAUACAGAGAAGGGUAACCAAAAUGAUUAGGGGUAUGGAACGGCUUCCAUAAGAGGAGAGAUUAAAAAGACUGGGACUUUUCAGCUUGGAAAAGAGACGGCUAAGGAGGGAUA